ACAAGAAUGUUCUACGUCAUAGACAAAGUCUGCUUGGUAUGGUAUAGCAGUCAGCUCAUACAUUUUAAUCCUUGGCUGGUUGAGACCUGACUUCCAACUAAGCAAAAUGGCCCAGAAUGCUGGGGUUCUCAAUCUAUGUGUGGAUGUACGACAUAUUCCAGGUGAAGGAAGCAACAAGAAAGCUCUACCACUCCACAGACCAGGUUUGAAAACCCACAGGUUAGAAAGAAGGCAGAGCUCUAAAUCCGUUUUUCAACACUCAUCAUGUGGAUUGUCUCCAAAUCUUAACUCCACAAGGAUCCAAAUACAGAGACAUAGCUUGCCCCCUCAUGACACUGUCCUGGAAUCUAUGAGUCUUCAUUCUGGUAGUAGCCCAUUAGUACGCACAAGGUCUGAUACCAACCCAUUCAAGGCUUCUGUUUCUCCUCUGUUGGGUAGAGUUACUGCACCCUGUACCCCUAGAAAUGGCAGAAAGAGUGGAGUGAUUCACACCAAUAAGAACAAUAGUACAAAGAACACAGAUGAGAUAGAGGGCAAGAGUUCUGUAGUUUCUUUCAGCUUCAUUGAAAAGUCCAAUGUGAAAACAAUCAGAAGUCCACUUCAACAUAACUCUAAUGCAAAGGAAGGCAACAAGGCUGUAGCCCAGAGAAUACACCCUGUAGCUAACUCUCCAGCAUGCACUUCCAGAAAAGGAUGCUUAAAAGUGGGGAAAAAAGUAGAAGAAGGAAAUUCUUGUAUGCAGGACCAAGCCCACACCCCUCACCAGUCUCCUACAACAUCAAGUGGUAAACCAGUACAGUGCAUCAGCUCACCGCAGAACAGGACUAAAGUAAUGCUAACCAAUGGGCCAAAUACUUUAAAGCAAAGCCCAAUGUCAACACACAAACUGUACCAAAAUAAUUCUGUGCAGCCAGCUUAUCUCGGUAGUCCACAAAGAACAAAUAUGAGUGCAGAAAAUCAUAGUGAGAUGGAACACCACCCUAAUGUCCCUCUCCACGGCACCACCUCUGAAACAAAUACUGUCUGCAAAAAGAACCCAGUACCUGGUAUCAGUACAUGUACAAUUGUUAAUCCAGCCCAAUCCAUUUCAAAAGAUCAAAGAUCGGAGAGCACAGACAAAACUGGAAGCAAUGCAGUGUCCCAAGAUAUUGCUGCCGUGAAUACUGGUCCAUUGUCAAAUGCAUGUAAUAUCCUGAACACCUUUGCAUCUGAGCAAAGUACACAGGUCCCAGAUGCCAACCAACAGUUGGAUGCCUAUGCCUACCCUUCAGAACCUUCGCCUCAUGCUAAGAGAGUUGCAAAAGCCAAGUGGGAGUUUUUCUAUGGAUCACCUACUUCAGAAAAAAAGGACAAUGCAGGUAAAUCUUCAUACCUAGAAGAGACCCUGAACAGCACAAAAAGGAAUUCUGGAGAGCUUCUAGGGGCUUGUGUGACAUAUCCGGUCACAGCAAAUGGCUCUUUGUCAUUUGUUCAUAUCGAAAUUGAAACAUCUCCUUCAGCAUGUGAUGAAGCAAAAAGCUGUAAAACAGGCAUUAUUCGAAGAGCUGUAAAAUAUUCAGAGACUGAUCUGGACGCAGUGCCACUAAAAUGUUACCAUGAAACAAAUAUUGAUGAAAUUCUUGGAGAACAGGAAGUUGCAGAGAUGGGCUGUGCAAUUCAGGAGGAUAGGGAGAGCCACAAGAAAAAGCAAAGCAGUGGUGCAGGAGAUUUGUUUCGUCAACUGUGUGCGGAGAAUGGUAAACCAGGCUUAGAAAAUGGAAACUUCACAGGUCCAGAAAUUGAUGAUGAAGAUGAUGAAGUGUUUGCGACACCUACAGAGAAUGACAACAACACUAACAGGCCUAUAAAUAAAGACACAAGGAUCUUACUCACGUCUCCACUGCUUAUUGAGACUUGCCAAAGACUUCGUGAAGAUGGUAUAGAUUCUUUCAGCAAACACUUUGAAACCAUCAUUGAGUCUCACCGUGCCAAAGGCACAUCCUAUACUAGCUUAGAUUCAGUUGACAUUCUCUUCUCCCCUAUUAAGAGCCAUGGGAGUGUUUUCACUUUUGACUUGAUGGCCCUGACCCCAGAAGUUCAAAGUCAAAUCUAUAACAGUGCCAAGGAGAUUGAGAAAAAAAUUGCACCCUGGGCUCAUGCAGAGACAGACUUGGAUUCUGGAUUGACUUCUGUCACAGAUUCCACUUCUACAGAAAUCCAUGGAUCAUCAGAGAAAGAUGCAAAGGCUUUGGAUGCUAAGAAUGGACAAACUCAGAUAAUAUCUGUACAUCAAUCUGAGAAAAUAUCAAAGGAAGAAAGUACAUUUUCUGAAAGAAUUACUCACAUAGAAGAACCUAUAGCUGUACCUAGGGCUGCCAGUGAGAAUGAUAGGAAUGCAGAGUUACUGUCAAGCCAUGCUGUGCAGAACCAGAUUGUUGUGGAUCCUAUAACAAGCAGUCCAGAAUACCAUGUACCCGAGGCAGUAGACACAUUGACCAAUGGGCACAAGGCUGACCUUGAAGCUGCAAAACGGUUGGCAAAGAGACUGUACAGGUUGGAUGGCUUCAGGAAAUCAGAUGUGGCCAGACAUUUAGGGAAAAAUAAUGACUUCAGUAAGAUGGUUGCCCAGGAAUACCUAAAAUUUUUUGAUUUUAAUGGACUGACCCUAGACAGAGCACUCAGAGCAUUUCUGAAGGAGCUGGCCUUAAUGGGUGAAACUCAGGAAAGGGAGAGAGUUUUGGUUCACUUUUCACACAGAUACAAAGAGUGCAAUCCUGGUACUAUGUCUUCAGAAGAUGGAAUUCAUACCUUGACCUGUGCCCUGAUGCUGUUGAACACUGAUCUUCAUGGACAUAAUGUUGGAAAGAGAAUGUCUUGCUUGGAGUUUAUUGGAAAUCUAGAAGGAAUGAAUGAAGGAAAGGACUUUCCUAAGGAAGUAUUAAAGACUCUGUACAGUUCAAUCCGGAAUGAGAAGCUACAGUGGGCAAUUGGUGAGGAAGAACUACGAAGGUCGCUUUCUGAACUGGCCGAAGAACGAACAGAGACCACCACUAAAUCCAUCAAACGAAUCAGCAGUUGCAACAGUCCUUUUGUAGACAUCGCUCAGGACCCCAAAGCUACUACCCAUAAACAGGGACUACUAGUGCGCAAAAUUCAUGCUGAUCCUGACGGGAAAAAAACUCCCCGUGGUAGAAGAGGCUGGAAAAGCUUCCAUGCUGUACUGAAGGGAAUGAUCUUGUACUUACAAAAGGAGGAGCACAAACCAGGGAAACAGCUUUCUGAGGAAGAUUUGAAGAAUGCCAUAAGUAUUCACCAUUCCCUGGCACUGCGAGCCUCCGAUUACAACAAGAGACCGAAUGUGUUCUAUCUCAGGACAGCAGACUGGAGAGUUUUCUUGUUUCAAGCUUUGAAUACAGAGCAGAUGCAUUCUUGGAUCACGCGUAUAAAUGUGGUGGCUGCCAUGUUCUCUGCUCCAUCAUUUCCAGCUGCCAUUGGUUCUCAGAAGAAGUUCAGUCGUCCCCUUCUCCCAAGCACAACCACCAGGAUGUCCCAGGAAGAACAGGUGAAGUCUCAUGAAAACAAGUUUAAAUCGAUUUCUGGUGACUUAUCAGAGCAUCGCUGUUGUCCCCCUGACAAGAAGCUGAAAGGCAAAGAGCUGGAGGAGUACAAACAGAAGGAGGAGUAUUUGGAGUUUGAGAAAUCUCGUUAUGGAACUUAUGCUAUGCUCCUCCGUGCCAAGAUCAAGAUGGGAACUGAUGACUUGGAUAAGUUUGAGGCAUCAUUGUUUGACUCACAGAGCUCAGAGGAAAAUGGACUAGCAAAAUCCUUUUCAAGCCCAUCUCUCAACAUGGAACAGCCACCAGAUGUGGUUGAAAAAGUCAAACGUGACAUUGUUGAAAGAAGAAGCUAUAGACAUGCAGUCAGUGGUCAGGUCAAACCCUAAAGUGGACUUCCCGCACCUUAAGGUGUUGUAGGUUUGGUUCCAUCUGUAGCCACAUGGAAAAGGUAGUUGCACAUGGAAGGGGUAGUCAUUGUACCCAUUUAAUGGGGGUGUUGACUUAUGCCAUGGGCAGAAUGCAUCCCGUUUGAAGAGUGCAAAGCUGUCAUAGGACCAAGAAUGCCAUAAAAUGCAGCACUCUUCUUUGUUCAAGGGCUUAACAAAAGCUUAUUUUAUAAGAAGACAUUGUUAUUUAAGCAGUUCUGCCCCAAUCCUUCAGCUUUUAUUCGACCUUUACUACCAUGUGUCAAACGCAUGCUGGCCAUGCAAUUUCAGUGGCCCUAGGAAGAGGACCAGUAGUCAUAUUUAUAUUCAUUAUUGUUCACUCAGAAGGAAUUAAUGAACUGCGUUAAAAACAAAGAACAGUUUGCAGCUUCGUUGUCCUAUGUUACAAAGACCACUUUUUAAAAAUGGCAAAACUGAAGUCUGCAUUUCAUUUUUAAUUAGAUGGGACAGGUAGCAUUUUGGAUUUUAUCCUAAUGGUUUUAACAGACUGAAAGAUUCUUACUCAUUUGGUAGUAUUUCAGAUGUAACAUUUUGUAAAUGUUGACAUGGUUCAAAACAUUGUCAUGCUAUUUUAUAUUCUUUUAACAUUGGUAAAGAGUUAAAAGCAUAUGGCCAUCCUAUUGUAGGUCCCUUUAGAAAUCUAUUGAGGAUUACAGUAGCAGUGUUAGACAUAAUUACAUAGCUAUUAAAGGGACACAGAAGAAUGAAGUUACUUAAGCUCAUCUACUGAAAAGGUAGGGAGCUGGUGUUUCUCUGUUCUUAGGAAAAACAUUCUAUUAUAAGUCAGUGCUAUUAGAGCAUUUGGUUUCUUUGUUAAAGUGGAAAUCAAUUUUUUAACUGUAGCAAAAAAAAAGAAAAGCAAAAAAUUGGGGUUGCAUUGCAUAGCAACUGCUAAAACACAGACUUAAUUUUAACUUUGUACAACCAUACAGUUAUAUAUUUUUAGACAGACUUGAUAGAAAUAGGUUUUGAGCAUGAUGAUAUAUGACCUAUUAAUGAGAAUAUCUAUUGCCAUUACUGUAUCUCUAACCAAAGUAAAUAGAAUGAGCUGAGUCGGAUUUAUAUUACUAAAAUGUCAACCAUAGCUUUACCGUAAGACCUUUACUGGCUCUUAGCUAGUAUAAUCCCUAAAGUAAGCAUUAGCUUUAAAAGCGGUCAGUUACUACAGUUUAUUUUGGAUGAACUUUCAAUCUGACUAACUAGACAUUUUAUUUAAUGUUCAGCAUUGUGACCAGCAGUAAAGUACUCUUGUGUGGUAGAAGACAUUCUAAGGUCUAUUCCCUGCUGCUGCAUGUUCAGCAGCUCUGGUCUUGGGGAUUGUGAUGUCAUAGCUUCCCAUGAAAAGAAAUCAUUUAACUGCCAGGUCAGACAUCUGUGAUGUCAAAGUGACAUGUCAGAUGUAGUGAUGUCUUAUUAUGCGGGAGAUUUAAAUCUGCUGUCAGGGUGAGUGGUUAUGUAAAUAUUUAUUUAGCUCUCUUUGAAAAUGUUUUAAUGAGAACACAGGAAAAGAAAGGUGUAAUGGUUUCUUUAAAUUUUUAUCACUUCUCAUUUUCCAUCUACUGGCUUUAAAAAUUGAGCAGCUUAAGCUGGCAUAAAUGUUAGCAUCUGGAAAUUGUUCUGUCUCGAACAGUCAUAUUUUACUUUCCUGUUACCAUCAAUAUGUUUUCUACUUCACUGGUGUGCUGUAUUUAAUGUGCAAUGCAUCAUCUAUAUAUAGCCAUGUAUGCCAAAGUCUGAGUUUCAGUUCAUAAAACAUUCCAGUUUUUUCCUGUCAUGAAGAAUGUUGUAAGCAUGAUCCAUGGCCACAUGCUUUUUAAUAGCCAUAGGUGUAUAAGAACAUUAGUGUCAUGGGACAAGCAUCCUCCAUUUUGUUACCAAUCUGUUUAUCAAAUAGUGAUGUGUGACAGCAUUGAUUUGGAACUGUAACUUCGGGCAACAAAAAUGUGAAAUUCACAGCUAUCAGACUGCUGCUUAUAGAAAUGUCCUGCGUGCAAUGAAUGCUGUCCAAGGAUAUUGUGCAUUUCAGCACCCAGUUGUCAGAAUAAAUGCUUUCCCAACACCACUGGGCCCUUAU